UAUACUCAAAUUCAUAAACAUAAAUUGUCUAAUUGUUCUCUACCAGAAAUUCGUUAUGGCUUUUCAAGUUUCAGCACUUCCUACUUCAAUGAAAGUUGCUAAGGAGGACACAAAUCGACGCUCAGCAAAUUUUCAUCCUAGCAUUUGGGGGGAUCGUUUCCUCGCUUAUGCUAGUAACUCUGUGGAAAGUAAUGAGACGGAAAAGCAACAAAAACUGAAGGAGAUUAAAAGAAUGCUAUCAGCUGAAGUGAAAAAGCCAGCAGAGAAACUUGGGUUGAUUGAUGCAAUCCAGCGGUUAGGUGUGUUUUACCAUUUGGAGACCGAGAUUGAUCAACUGUUAGAUCAAAUCUAUCAGGCUCACCAACACAUUGAUUUCAGAGAUGCCAACAACGACUUAUAUUUUAUCUCUCUUGAAUUUCGAUUACUUAGACAACAUGGCUAUAGAAUCUCCUGCGAUGUAUUCAACAAGUUCAAGGACAACAAUGGAAACUUUAAGGCUUCUCUUGCAGAAGACAUUCGAGGAAUGUUAAGCUUGUAUGAAGCUACACAUUUAAGAGUACAUGGAGAAACUAUACUGGAUGAAGCGCUUCUUUUCUCUACUACUCACCUUGAGUCCAUGGCAGCCAAAUUAAGCAGUCCACUUGCAGCUCAAGUUAAGCAUGCCUUAAAUCGACCUCUUCGCAGGGGUUUACCAAGACUAGAGGCAAGACAUUACAUGACUAUCUAUCAAGAAGAACCUUCGCAUAAUGAAGCUCUGUUAACCUUUGCCAAGUUAGAUUAUAAUUCAUUACAAAAGCUGCACCAGAAAGAACUCAGUGGAAUUUUCAAGUGGUGGAAUGAUUUAGGCCUUGCCAACAAGCUACCAUAUGUGAGAGAUAGAGUGGUAGAGUGCUACUUCUGGAUAUUGGGGGUGUAUUUUGAGCCUGAAUAUGAAUUGGCUAGAAGGUUUUUAACCAAAGUGAUAGCAACAACUUCCCUUAUCGAUGACACCUAUGAUGUGUAUGGCACAGUCGAUGAACUUGAGCUUUUUACCUCGGCAAUUCAAAAGUGUAAUACAAGUGCCAUAGACGAACUGCCUGAUUACAUGCAGGUAAUUUGUGCAACGCUCCUUGAUGUUUAUCAUGAAAUGGAAACAAAAAUGGCCCCCGAAGGAAAACUAUACCGCGUUCACUAUGCAAAAGAAUCGAUGAAGACUCUAGUAAGGAAUUACUUUAUUGAAGCCAAAUGGUGUCAUGAAAAUUAUGUACCCACCGUGGAUGAGUACAUGACUGUUGCAAUGGUUAGUAACGCCUACGCUAUGUUAACCACUAAUUCUUUUGUUGGAAUGGGGGAUGUUGCAACCAAAGAAGCCUUUGAAUGGUCAGUCAGCAACCCUAAACUCUUAAGGGCUGCCUCAGUAAUUUGCAGACUCAUGGAUGACAUUGCCUCCCACAAGUUUGAGCAAAAGAGAGGCCAUGUUGCCUCAGCCGUAGAGUGUUUCCAGAAACAAUAUGGUGCAACAGAAGAAGAAGCAUACAGGGAAUUUCGAAAACAAAUUACAGAUGCCUGGAAGGAUAUAAACGAAGAUCUUCUCCGCCCAACAGCCUUGCCAAUGCCACUCCUUGUACGAAUUCUUAAUUUUGCACGAGUGAUAGAUGUUAUAUACAAGGAAGGCGAUGGCUACUCUUUUGCUCAUAUUUACCUUAAGGAUUAUAUUGCCUCUCUCUUUAUUGAUCCUGUGCCGAUAUAAGCGUUCACAUAAAUAAAUUACUAUUGUACGUCUUGUCAGAAGUGUGACAUCCCGGAAUAAAUAAUGGCAGUAUGCUAUUCUCCCGUGUGUAAUAAAAAAAAAUUAUUAUAAGAAUUAAUCCGAGUGUUUUUAUGAUAAAAUAACA